GCAGCACAGAGAGAGACAGACAGGCAGGGAAAGUGAAUAAAGUCUGUGUGUUUGUGUGCAAAAGACACAUGAAGACUUAGCAGAAAUGAGAGCAAAGGAAUGAUUAGAUUUUUUUUUUUUCUGAAGAUAUAAUUAUAUAUUUUUUUCAUUUAAUUUCUCCAUUAAUUUCUUUAUCAGAUUUUUCAAGCAGUUUUAUUUGCUUUUGGUGUGUUUUCCUCAGCGCUUCCACUUCAGAAAGUAAGAGCGUGUGGGUGAGUGUGUGUUUAUAUGUGUGUGUGAUAUAGUAAACCAUGGAGCUGGAGCGUUUAGGUGGCGGUGGGGUUAAACCCGAGAGGGACAACAGUCGUCUCUACAGGAUAGCACUGGCCAUGUGUGUGUGUCUCUGUGCUGCUCUGCUGCUUGCACUCAUACUGGUCUCUCAAAAAUCAAAUCAGCACGAGUUCUGUUUGACCCCAGAAUGCAUCGAAGCAGCGGGGUCUGUUCUGAGUAAAAUGGAUCAGUCUGUUGACCCCUGUGAGGACUUUUAUUCUUUCUCCUGUGGAGGGUGGUUAAAAGAGAACCCGAUCCCUGAAGAUUCCUCCUCGUAUGGCAUCUAUCCUUGGCUACGGCAGCAUGUGGACAUUCGACUCAAAGAGUUAUUAGAAGCUCCAUCAGAAACUGAUGAACUGGAGGCGGUGACCAAGGCUAAGAUCGUCUAUCGCUCCUGCAUGAAUGAAACUAUACUGGAGCAGAUGGAUUCCAAACCUAUGCUGAAAACACUUAAGCAGCCUGAGUUUCGAUGGCCUGUUGUGGGGGAUGGGCUAGGUGGAGAUUAUCAGUGGUCGGAGAGGCAGUGGAGCCUCCUAAAAACUCUAGCAGAGAUGAGGAAUCAGCACAGUAAGAGCGUCCUGAUUCGUCUUUAUGUCUCCCCUGAUGACAAAAACUCCUCACACUACAUUAUCAAGCUCGAUCAGGCAUCCUUGUCUCUGCCCUCGAGGGAAGACUACACUACCAACUCCUCCUCUGCACGGGCCUAUCGUGCGGCCCUGCUGAGCUUGAUGGUAGAUACAGCAGUCAUGCUGGGCGCUCCGGAGAAAGCAGCAAUGACCCAGAUGGAAAAGGCUCUCGCUUUCGAAUCAAAACUGGCUCAUAUCUUGAUUCCCUAUGAAAACCGCACCAGUGAGAACAUGUACAACAAAUUCACACUCUCUCGCCUGCAGCGAACCAUACCACAGUUAGACUGGUUGGGUUUUGUUAAAUCUGUGGUGGAGUCUAAAACCGAACCGGUUCGGUCCAUCUCCUCCUCUGAGCCUGUCAUCGUCCGGGCUCCACAGUACUUUAAGGAACUCGUCAAGCUCUUAAACUCCACAGAUCCCAGGACUGUAGCUAACUAUGUGCAGUGGAGGACAGCAUUUUCCAGGAUCACCACUCUGAGCCGACGUUUCCUUUACAGAUACCUGGACUAUGCUCGGGUAACCACAGGCACCACUUCUCUCACCCCGCGCUGGGAUAAAUGUGUUAACUACGUUGAGAACUCACUUGUUUAUGCCACCGGGCGCCUUUUUGUCGACACACACUUCCAGGAGGACAAGAAGCACAUGAUGGAGGAGUUGAUUGGGGGCGUUCGUUGGGCGUUCAUUGACAUACUGAAGAAGGAGAACACCUGGAUGGAUUCACCAACAAAGGAGAGAGCCAUAGACAAGGCUCAUGCGGUUCUUGCUAAAGUUGGCUAUCCUGAGUUCAUACUGAACGACACCUACCUCAAUGAAGACUUAAAGCAGCUAGAGUUCAAUGAGAAGGACUACUACGGGAAUGUGAUUCAGACGUUGAAGUUCAUCGCCCAGUCGGAUCUCGCCUGGCUCAGAAAAAGUGUCCCACGAACAGAGUGGUUUACUAACCCGACAACUGUGAACGCCUUCUACAGCUCCUCCACCAACCAAAUCAGAUUCCCAGCUGGAGAGCUUCAAAAACCUUUCUUUUGGGGAGGAGAGUAUCCAAGAUCUCUAAGUUAUGGAGCCAUCGGUGUGAUUGUUGGACACGAGCUAACACACGGCUUUGACAAUAACGGUCGAAAGUACGAUAAAAACGGUAACCUUGAUCAGUGGUGGAGCAACUCCUCCGUCACAGCCUUCAAUGAGAAGAGCCAGUGCAUGAUCGACCAGUAUAACAGCUACCACUGGGAGGAGGCAGGCCUUAAUGUGCGGGGAAAGAGGACUCUGGCAGAAAACAUAGCAGAUAAUGGAGGAAUACGAGAGGCUUUUAGGGCGUACAGGCGGUGGGUGGAUGAGAGCAGAGGUGGUGUGGAGGAGCCUCAGCUACCAGGAGUCGGACUGAACAACAACCAACUGUUCUUCCUGAGCUACGCACAUGUGAGAUGUAACUCAUACCGACCAGAAGCAGCCAGGGAUCAGAUCCAGAGUGGAGCACACAGUCCUCCAAAGUACAGAGUCAUCGGAGCGAUGAGUAACUAUGAAGAGUUUCGGAAAACGUUCAGCUGUCCGGAGUCGUCGACGAUGAACCGUGGCGCGCAGUCCUGCCGGGUGUGGUGACCUCAGCUUGACCCUGAACCCAGGCCUGAGUCGUCCUCAGCAGGACGCUCGUUAAAGGGCUGAUAGUGAUGCUGGAGUCGGCCGACAUAGUUUACAUGAUGUGAGAACAAUGACGCCGAGAUGUUCUCAAGAAAAAAAAUACACCCCAAUCUAUAAAGGUGAUCGUAUACAGGUGGGAACUUUUAAAGAUGGCAAGAUGUUGUUUACUUUUACUGCAACAAAUCUGUAACUUUUUCCACUGCACAUGUUUCAGCUACUGCAUAAAUUAUGACUGAAGCCAAUUGUUGAGGACCAUAAUUUAUGGAUUAUAAGAGUGUUGUAAAAAAAAAAUCUACUGUAAGUGUGAGUUUAUAAAGCUACAACUUUCUUAGGAAAUAAAAAAAAUGUAAAUAUUAAACUAAAAAUGCAAUCACCA